AUGGAGAGUCUCGACCGUCCCUUCACAAUCCAGAUUGACGAUGAAUAUGUGACACGUGUUGAGGACGAUAGUGAGUAUCCAACCCACGCAUCAGUUGGCUCCGAACCAGCUGUUUUCACCUUGAAAAACAGUGUCCUAGAAUGCGACGGCUGGUAUCUUGGCCGGCACGUCAUUGAAGACAGAUCUUUGAUGCCGAAACGAAUUCUUUGGUUUAAAGUGGGAGAACAGGAUCCUGGGAUUAUUCAGCCCACCCUCGCCGAGCCAGAAGGGGACUCGUAUAAGCUAGUGCUGGGUGGUAUGUGA